GGAAUCCCUCGGAACCCUCGACCGGACACUUAUUACAUAUUUGGCUACCCUGCCAGCUCAUAUCGCCGGUCUCUGAAGCAGCACUGCAGCCGUUGCAGCGAUCAUUAGCAUUUCCUCACGUGGAAUCUUCCGCGCCUAUCACAGCGCUCAUCAGUCUGUGCGUCAGCAAGUUGAUACGGGUCAGGGAUUCAAUUGGCGCUGACGACAGCGGCUGAUAAGAGAAUGGUCAUGUAGCGCGUCAGUGUCGCUGUAGUAAGUCAACGGCCCCUCGGUCUUUUACGACCUUGUACGCCCUGAACACAAGCUCCCGGAACCCUUGACCGGAGGCAUACUACUACAUACUACUACUACCUAACCACAUCUUGCCCCUUUCGAACUGGGCCACACUCUACUCUCAGCAACCUAAACGCUUUGUUAUUUGACACCGUGAAGCAGUUGGCCCCUCAAUUUUGGAUGGAGGACGACAGCAACUAUGACGAUAGUGAUAAACUUACUGUAUUGCCGCUCGGCGCUGGCCAAGAAGUGGGAAGAUCAUGCAUUCUGUUGAGCUUCAAGGGGAAAAAGAUUAUUCUGGACUGUGGCAUACACCCUGGAUUACGGAACAAAGAAAGUCUACCUUUUAUCGACGCUAUUCCUGACAUACAGACCGCGGAUUUAAUUCUCAUUAGCCACUUUCAUCUAGAUCACUGCGGUGGUUUGCCGCACCUGUUGCUGAAAACAGGCAUAAAGGCGAAAUGUUACAUGACACAUGCUACCAAGGCCAUAUAUCGUUACUUACUGGGUGAUUUUGUUCGAGUCAGUAAUGCCUCCGGCGUUCCUGAUCAGUCGCUGUACACAGAUCGUGACAUAAUUUCAAGCUUAGAUCACAUCGAGACAUUGGACUUCCAUCAAGAACUUGAAGUGAAUGGCAUCAAGUUUACAGCGUUCCACGCUGGCCAUGUUCUGGGUGCCGCCAUGUUUCUCGUAGAAAUCGCAGGGGUUAAGGUCCUCUACACCGGAGAUUUCAGCCGUCAAGAAGACCGUCAUUUAAUGUGCGCCGAAAUCCCACCUGUUAGACCUGACGUGCUAAUCACAGAGGCCACGUAUGGUAUUCAUAUUCAUGACAAACGGGAGGAACGUGAGGCUCGCUUCACUCGCCUAGUGCACGAUAUCGUUGGACGAGGUGGCCGAUGUUUAAUUCCCGCUUUCGCACUUGGUCGGGCACAAGAAUUAAUGCUCAUACUGGAUGAGUAUUGGGCUGAGCACCCGGAGUUACACGAUAUUCCCAUUUAUUACGCAAGCCAGUUGGCUCGUAAGUGUAUGGCAGUCUACCAGACAUAUGUACAUGCAAUGAAUGAACGAAUCCGCAAUCAGCUGGCCAACAAUAAUCCAUUUUGUUUCCGUCAUAUUUCAAAUUUAAAGAGCAUUGAGCACUUCGAUGACUCCGGUCCAUGUGUUGUGAUGGCUAGCCCGGGUAUGAUGCAGUCCGGUAUGAGUCGUGAACUGUUCGAGAAUUGGUGCACAGAUCGCCGAAAUGGAGUCAUAAUCGCCGGCUACUGCGUAGAAGGCACGUUGGCCAAACAGAUUUUGUCACUACCUUCCGAAAUCCCCACGAUGUCUGGACAAACUUUGCCACUGAAAUGUUCGGUGGACUACAUAAGCUUUUCCGCCCAUACGGACUACCAGCAGACCAGUGCUUUCAUUCGCGAACUUAAACCGAACUACGUGAUUCUUGUUCACGGCGAGCAAAAUGAAAUGCUCCGAUUGGCUGGCGCCUUACAACGUGAGUAUGAGGACGAUGAUACUUGCUGUCUUGAACUCUUCACACCGAAGAACUGCGUUCCGGUCAAUUUGCGAUUCCGAGGCGAAAAGGUGGCCAAGGUGCUUGGAAGCUUGGCUAGAUGUACUCCAAAACACAACCAGUCUAUAUCUGGCGUGCUGGUGAAGAAAAAUUUUGCCUAUCACAUUCUGACUCCCGAGGAGCUCCCAACCUACACCGAACUUGCAACGACCAUAGUCAAUCAACUGAUUGCCAUUCCUUUUGGUGGCAGUGCCAGUCUACUCAAAUUUCACCUUUCAUUGCUGGCUGGCACGGUUGAGGUGCAGAUGCACAAGCCGGACGUAACCAAGUUCCGUGUGUUCGACGCGAUCAAUGUCACAUGGCGGUCGCAACAAGUAAACUUAGAAUGGCAGUCCAAUCCCACGAACGACAUGUAUGCAGAUGCGGUACAAAACGUCGUGCUCCGUGCAGCAAUGCAAGGAAUGCCUACCCGAGGACUUCCACAGUUAGUGGAGCCGCAGAAGAAGCAGUUUCACAUGGCACUGGAAGUUACAUUACAAGAUGCUUUCGGAAUGGGCUGUCUUGAAGUCAAUCAAAUCGAUCCAAACGCCAAAUCAGUGCUAGUUUGUGUGGACUCACAUGUUGCAGAAGUGAACUUGGAGGAUUUAAAUUACAAAUAACUUGCUGUCGUAUGUUUUGAGACUAUGAUAUAAGCAAGGGUGGUGCCGUUCAGCGUCACAUCUUUCAUCCUUAGGAUAUCACAUUCUAAACUGUUAUAUCAGUGUCCCCUUGGAUGUGUGUAAUCUUGAAACCAGAAAGACGUCCCUGAUGUUCCGGAGGUCACGUUAAAGUUGCACGACUGUACUUCGGAGCAUGCUCCGGACAAUCAGUACCACUACGGCGUGAUACUGGGUUGCACUACUAUUACCCCUCAGGUAACUGCCAAGCAGUUCUCUUUAUGUUCCAAAUGUUCCGUAGAAUUGACAUAGCUCUUAUGUCAAAGAAAGCUAUCACGUUGAAUUAAUCCACAUUCUAACCUUACUCGCCGUCAGUCGUUUGUUAUCAGCAAUGUGAUUCCUCUCACCUCUCCCGUUUUAGACCGUUCGUUGUGAAACAAACUCCAGACUAGAACAUGUGAUCCGAGUCAUGGUGCAGAGACUGAGUCACUGCAUAUCCGCUGUGUGACUUCGUCGAGAAAGAGAAAAGCUCAGUCAUCUGUUCUAUAUGCUUUUGUACAAUUUGUAGCAUUUAUUGCAAAAAUCUAAAAUAUUUAUAUGCAAGUGACUGGCUGAUCCGAGGGCACCACAUCGGGGGGAUAUUUUUAACGAUCAUAUACCCUAGCCUAUAAGUCCGCACUACUUACCGUAAUCAGCGCCAUGUGCUGACAUUUUAAUUUCGCG